AGACUAAUGCCAUAAGGACCGUCGAGCCAAGCCGUUGACAUUCAAGAUCAAGAGAGAGAUGGGGGCCGUGACGACAGCGUUGAUAGCAAUUGCAGGGGUGGUUCUGGGAUGGAUUACUAUAGAAGUAGCCUGCAAGCCCUGUCUCGAAAAGGGCCGGGAAACCAUUGAUCGCGACCUCAACCCAGAUUACGACCCUGAUGCUGCUGCUGAUCGUACAAUUUAUGCCCCUUUAAAUCCAGAUCCGCCUACCAAUUCUGAGCCGUCUGAUGAUGCCACUUCCUCUUCUACUAUCACAAAGGCUGUUUGAUUUUUCUUAAAUUGGGGCUCUCUACUGUUGGGGUACGCUAUAACUUUGACGUUACGUUUAUGUUUAGUUAUCUUGUUACUCUUUUAUCGAAAUGCUUUGUUUUUUCUGGAAAAUGGGAUGAGAGUGAAGGGAAAAUGAAGAAUUUCUGGGGAUGUAUAUGUUAUUAUGUAUGUGUUUAGUGGUAAUGUUAUAGCUUCAAAACUGUUAUUUUGCUAAUGCCUAAAAGAAUGUAAGUUGUGCGAAUUUUAUACGUUAUCUUUAAUAUAUGCUGUUUUAACUG